GUGCCAAAACGUCCGGUGGAAGAAUCAAACUGUCACAUAUUGAAACGUCACUGUCCGACCAGAAACGAACUUCCGUCCAGUGAGCUACUCAAAUGCGGUUCCGAUUCUGUGGGGAUUUGGACUGCCCAGAUUGGGUUCUGGCCGAAAUAAGCACAUUAGCAAAGAUUUCGAGUGUGAAGAUGAAACUCCUUUGUGCUCAAGUGUUGAAGGAUUUACUGGGCGAGGGGAUAGAUUAUGACAAAGUUGGAAAGCUGACUGCAGAUGCAAAGUUUGAAAGUGGAGACAUCAAAGCGACUGUGGCAGUGCUCAGCUUUAUUUUGUCCAGUGCUGCAAAACAUGAUGUUGAUAGUGAGUCUUUGUCCAGUGAGCUGCAGCAACUUGGCUUGCCUAAAGAACAUGCCACAGGGCUUUGUAAGUCCUAUGAAGACAAGCAUUCUGCUCUUCAAGAUAAACUAAGAGACACCAGCUUGAGAUUGAGAAGACUCGACUCAGUUUCCUGGCGUGUAGAUUACACUCUCAGCUCCAGUGAACUGAGAGAAGUAAAUGAACCCCUGGUACAUCUUAAGCUGCAGACACAAGGAGCAGAGGCAGGCUCCUCUGACACAACCGUAGUCUCAGUUUCUCCGGAUAAGUUCAGAGUUUUGCUUACUGAGCUCAAACAAGCGCAGGCCAUGAUGAAUGCACUACAGUGAAGAAUGAAGAACAAACUUGUGAUCAGGAGCGAGAUACAAAUGAUGCUGAUGAACUGCCAAAAGUACCAUAUUUUUAUCUUGUACAGUAUUAUUUGCUUGAAUUUGUUCAUGUUAAAAUAAAGUUUAAUUUCUUACUUGAAUAUACUGAUAUUUAGUUGUGUAUUUCACCUAACUUGCUAGUAUGUGGUGGAAAUAUUUUUCCGGUCAUAAUUUAUACCUUAACUAAAAAUACACAAAGGCAUUUUUUUCUUUUUUUGUAAUAAUUAUAAUUUUUUACAUGAUUUUGUUUGAAUCCUGUAUGAUUUGUUUUGUUGGUUUGAAUGCAUCGUUGUAAAGAAAGCAAAUUAAAAAAGUUAACUUUG